AUGACCGCUUGCAGGAGUCAACUCCGCUGGUGCACGCUGCUUUCUUCGACAGUCAGUUUGACGUGCGGACUUCUCCAAGUUGGCAGUGCCAAAUCAUCCGCAACUUUAUCCACUUUUUCUGCAACGCAAAAAAGCUCAAAAGGUUCAUCAUGGGAGCCCGGUUCAGCAAAGGGCGAGACGCCCCACCAGCCACCAGUGCUGAGGCUGCUGCCGCUGAACAGAAGGCUGCAGCGGAGCCAGCCGCCACACAGCCAGCGGGAGACUCUGGGACACCACAGACUCAGGAGGACGUUAAGACAGAGAAUCUCGAGGUGGUGGUGGGGGAGCAAGUGACACUAAAUGCGUGUUUACCCAAUGAAGAGUGUGUGGCAGAGUGUAAACCUGCAGAAGCCCCCGCUGCCUCAGACCCACUAACUGAUGCUGUACCAGAGGUUGUGGAAAAGGAAACCCCAGCUCCAGUCCAACCCGAGCCUCUCGUCUCAGUCAGCGAACCAUCACCUCCAGAAUCAGAACCUGUUGCUGAAGCUCAGCUCGCUCCAGAACCUGCUCCAGAACCUGUUCCAGAACCUGUUACCGUACCAGAGCCCAUUUCCAUACCCGAGCCAGUUCCUGAACCCGAACCAGUUCCUGAACCUGAGCCAGUUCCUGAACCCACCUCAGAGUCAGCACCAGCCCCAGCUGAGCCUCUGGAGCAGGAGGCAGACCUGCUCCACCAAGAGUCUCUCCCUGAGCCAGAGGUUUCUUCACCCCCUCUGAUCGACCUGGCUGCUCCUGAUGUAACUCCUCCAAUUAUUGACAUUCCUGCCGCCUCAGCUUCCAUCUCUGCCCCAGUCAGUGCAGACGAGCCCUCGGACGUCCCAGUGACCGAGGAAUGCCAAGGCAGUGCUGAGGUUUCUGUGAUUACAGAAAAGAGCAAGGAAACACCCGAAUCUGUGGAUCAGCUGAUUGAGGUGGUGGAGGCUGCAGGUAAUUUGGAGCAACUUGUUGAUGUCGCCAAUGAGGAAGAUGUCCGUGAACUGCUGAGCAACUUAGAGCUGAAAGGAAACGACCUUGUCGCCGACCUCAUUCCCAACGAUGUCAAGAUUCCUGAUGGCAUGGACACCUCCACUGAGCUGAUGUGAAACCAUGGAAGAGUGAAUGGAUAUGUUUCUGUGAAACCCUGUUAACCCCUUAAAUGAAUUCUGAAAGAAUCACAGAUGCAAUAAUUUCUUUCUUCUUACUUAAGUGGCCUUUUAAAGGCAAAACAGAUAUUUCUCUUUCUAAAUGAAUCAAAUGUGCCAAAACGAAAAAAAAAGUUGUUAUGGUGGGGGUUUAACAGCACAGGGGAUUAUGAGUGUACUUAAGUGUUUUGCUGGACAACAGAGAUCUUCCUCUAUGCAAAUUCACCCAUCAGGAAUUUAAAUGAAUUUCUUUGAGAGAGACUUGAGGAAAACAGAGCUUUAUAACAACUCCCUGCAGAGAAAGGUUGAAGAAUGAAAAGAAAAUUUCUUUUCAUGUUCAAAGGGAAAAGCAAAAGCUUUUUGGUGGAUAUGCAAGUCUAAAGCACUUGUAACUGAAUUGAAACAGGCAAGGGACAGUAGCAAUGCAACCAAAGACAGAGACAGUAUAUGCAUACCGCUAUACAGCAGGAAACAAGUGUCCAAUAAACGUUUAUGCCUUAACAAUGUCAUGUUUGGACUUUGUAAUAUUCCUUAUCUUUAUUGUAUUUUCAAUACAAUUCUGGGAUUUGUUAACUCAAAUAGUGGCUUGCUUGUGAAAAUAAAAAUAUUAUUCUCCAUG